AAACCUGGCCAUUGUUUCAAGAGCCGCGCAGUGAGAUAAAAAAAACCCGGCGACCCCAUUGCCUUGUAAAGUGCAACGUACCGUAUCCACAAACACCGGCGGGUCAGCAUCCAAACCUGCCUCUGCGAAGUGCAAGAGGGGUAUUCGCAUUCCACGCGCAGGUGAAGUGCCCUCCUCUCUCUCUAUCUUGCCUUUUACCCCACCCACUUGGCAGCAGCAGCAGCCGCCGCCGCGCCCUCAUAUCAACAGCGGUUCGUUUCGCGUCCAAUGUAUUGGCGGUUUCUAAAAUAAGUGAGUUGGGUUAGCCUGCUUCUCCGAUGCCAAUUUUGGUGUCUUGUAGAGCACACCUUCACCCCCACCACCACUCCCCGCAGACACCCACCCACCAACUUCCCCCCGGCCACCGCCCCCGCCACGGGCGAGACAAAGAGGCUGAGGCUGAAGCUGCUGCUGACGCGCUGAUUGAUGCCGCCUCGGCUCGUAUUUAUACGGCACCCACGGGCCAGUUGUCGCCUGCAGAGAUCGCACGCUGGUUGUCUCUCCGGCAAGCCUCCGUCCUGCUUCUUACCCCGUUCUACGCUUACAAGACGUUUAAAGUUAUCUUCCCUCGACGUUCGCGAGGCGUCAUCCGAUUUGUUGCAAACCCCCCCCCUCCUCCUCCUCCUCCACCGUCUUUUCUACGGGACGUCGCUCAUCUCGCCUCGAACUCAAAACAGCUUCGUCAUGAACGGGCUCGCCAACCGCGAGCUGGUGCUCAACUCGGUGCUGGUGACGGGUGCGAACCGCGGCCUGGGACUCGGCAUCGUUCAUCGCCUCCUCCAGCAGCAGCAGCAGGCGUCUCCACGCUUCAUCUUCGCCACCUGCCGAUGCACCGAUGAGCAGAGCGCGAAGGAAUUGCGGAAUUUGGCGGAACACCACGCAAGCCUGCUGGUGGUGGAAAUGGACAUCACAGACCGCGCGAGUGUGGAGCGGGCGGUGAGGGUGGUGGAUGAGGCUGUCGGGGAAGAAGGCCUCAACCUUCUGGUGAACAACGCCGGGACUCUACAAACGGGCUCCCUCGGUUCACUGUCGGCCGACUCCAUGCUGCAGUGCUAUCAUACCAACGCUGUGGCGCCUGCCAUCCUUACGGAGGCUUUCCUGCCACUGCUCAACCGGGCAGCAGAUUUCAAUGUGAAGCUGCCAAUGGGCUGCCAAAAGGCAGCAGUGGUGAACGUGAGCUCUGAGGCUGGGUCUAUCUCAAGUGUGCCUGGCAACUUUCACAUCUCCAAGGUCUACCCUUACCGUGCCAGCAAGGCCGCCCUGAACAUGCUGAUCAGGUGCCUUGCCGAGGAGCUCAAGGAACAGGGAAUCCUGUGCGUGGCCUUACACCCAGGUUGGGUCAGGACCAGAAUGGGUGGAUCGCGAGCACAGAUCGGCAUUGAAGAGAGCAUCACCGGAAUUCUAGGAGUCAUGGCUUGCCUCACGGAGAAAGAUAAUGGUUCGUUCCUUGACUGGCGGGGUCAGACUGUACCAUGGUGACCCAGCCAGGAACAUUAUCCCAUACCUGUCAACCCCUUAUCAGUGCCUACCUUCUUCUGGGUUCUUUCGGUAAAGUCACGUAGAA